AUGCAGCACGAAAAUGAGUUUGAUUCCAGGUUAACUGAAAAAGAUUUUGAACUUAUUGAAGAAGCUAAACGUUUUUCACAUCGUCUUCAUAAGCCACAUUAUCAUGUUGUUGUUAGUGCAGUGCGUACCUCCAAGCCAUUAGAUAAAAUCUAUACUGGUAUUCACAUUGAAUCGUCAGUAGCUUUAUGUGGUGAGGUGAGUGCUAUAUGUUCUAUGAUCAAUGAUGGACGAGAGAUGCAAGAAUUGGAGACAAUUGUAGCAUUGGCUGGUGAUGAUAAUGACAAGAAUACGUUUAGAUUAUUUAGUCCAUGUGGCAGGUGUCGAGAGUUAAUUGGUGACUGCAAUCGAAAAGCAAGAGUCAUCGUCGGUACAAUAGAACAACCGUAUGUGAUGAGUAUUUCACAAUUGAUGCCGUUAAAAUCUGGUGAUAUCGAAAAUGAGUACUUGGCUAGACGAGCUAAAUCUGAACAGCAACAUUAA